AUGAACCUAGUCGCAACCAUCAUUGCAAUUGCCAGCCUACUUUCCAUAGUUCUUGCCCUCGUAUCGUUCUGGCUUCCUCAAAUAACACCAGAUUAUGAAAAGCUCUCCCCCUAUGAAUGCGGCUUCGACCCCUUAGGAUCUGCUCGCUUACCAUUCUCCCUACGAUUUUUUCUUAUUGCAAUUCUUUUCCUCCUUUUUGAUUUAGAAAUUGCCCUUCUUCUCCCCCUACCCUGAGGAGACCAGUUGGCCUCCCCUCUGACCUCCUUCCUCUGAGCCACCCUCGUACUAGCUCUUCUUACAUUGGGCCUCAUUUACGAAUGAGCCCAAGAUGGUCUCGAAUGAGCUGAAU